AUGGUUCACUUCAACACCGUCCUCGCCGUCUCCUCACUGCUCGCUCUCUCCUCCGCACUCAGCCGAGUACCCACCGGCAAUAGUCCCCCACAGUUGGUGGCACGCAGCCUCGAGGAGCGCGACACAUGCUCUGGGACAUGCGCCCAGUGUUUCGGUUCCGGCUACACGCUCUGCCCGUCGUCUUCCAUCUUCUGCUACAAGCCUGGUGAUGCCGACUAUGGCCUCGACUCGUGCCCCUACUCGAGCUCCAGUGGAAGCGACAGCGCUAGCGCCUCCACCGACACCUACACUUCCUCAUACCCGACCUCCACCGGCUCGGCAGGCGACUCGGAUUUCUGCAGCGAGAAGGGCGCCACGUGCGUGGGCUGCUUCGGCGCUGGAUACCUGGACUGCGGUGACGAUGUGCACUGCUACAAUCCCAAUGACCCACAGUACGACACCUGCCCAGACGGCUCCACGCCCACUGGAGGAAGCUCCUCCUCUGGCAGCAGCGGCAGCUCUGGAUCCGGCCUGUCGUCGAGCGCCUUGACAUCCGGGUUCUUCAGUUCGACGACAUCAACCGGCAGCCUUACCUCCAGCACGUCGAACAACUUUUCGGGCUCGAGCUCGUCUGGUAGCAGCAGCAGCGACAGCGACAGCGGAAGCAGCAGCAACGUCAGCAGCGAUUCGUCCAGCGGUGCGGGCAGCUUGGACGUCGCUGUUGCAAAGGUUGGCGCCGCGGUGGUGGGCGCCUUCGGUGUGCUCGUUUUGGCGUUGUGA